AGUGGCUUCGUAUCGUCGCACUUUGUCGAGUUCGAAGAGGCCGAACUACUCGGAUAAAGAUGUGGAAAGCAACGGUGUUUAUCUUGGUGACCACUUACAUAGGAAUAUGUCAUUCCCAGCUGAAACCCGGCUGCGAAAAGGCUGAGCUUCACGCCUGCGGUGAGGACUACAUCGUGUACAGCAAUAACACACGGAUGCCAGACCCCGACGAUCCCGAGUUUGAGGCAAUCUGCGAGUUGUUUCGUGAACAGGUUGCCUGCACGUUCGACUUCGCCCAGCGAUGCCUGCAGGACGGAAUCCCUCGUGUCGUGGCACUGGUGAGUAUGGAAGCGGUCGGCGAUGACUUCGAAGCCGCUUGCACCGAAGGCACUAACGAACACGAAAUGCUGAGGAACAGCAUCAAGUGCCUGAACGCCGUCGAAACCAAGCUGAAUGGUUGCUUUGAUGUCCUUCGUGAUGGCUUAGGACAAAGCCUCGCAUCUUCUAAAGGAAUAAGGACCAUCCACUACACGUGCUGCACGUACAACAACUUUCUGGAUUGCGUAGAGCACUCUCUUGACCGGUGCGAACCUGGCUCGAAGGCGAAAGAUUACCUGAAUACCGCCAUGGACCGCAUCUACGGACAAAUCUUGAGCUUGGCGUGCGGACGAUAUACCCGCAGUUCAACACACUGCCGGGACUUACCGAAGCUUCCGCCCUAUAUGGGGCCAAAACAGAACUUCAUCGAGUUGCUCAUUGAAAUAUCGAGUGCCUUCAAGAACAUAAACAUUUAGACUGUGUGUUCGCGUGUAUCAAAGUGUUCCUCCAAAAUCUAUGUCAGCCGCAUGCGCUUCAUUAUUUAUUGUCGUAUGCUUUUUUUGUUAUUUGAAGCAAUAAAUGGGAAGUUUUGCACGUGAUCAUGCAAUGACACCCAAGUUU